UCCACACUUGAUACUGCAGACGUUGCUACCAUUAAAUGAUCUCUUUCAGAGGGAUAAGCACUAAAUGGACUGAAACAAGAGAAAUUUAUCAGACAACAACGCACACAGAUGGAAAGAAGACAUGCCUAGAUAACAUAAUAGGUAGGUUGAUACUGAACUUUAUUAUAUUUGUUUCUAUUUUUUUUUUAGUUUAGUUUGCAUAUUCAAAAUGAUACCAGGAUAAUAGGGAGGAAAUUACUAAAUGGAAAAAAAUAAAUAAAUAAUUGAUGAGAAAUGUUUGGCAAAUAAUUGAUUUAUUUGAGAUAUUAAAUCUCUUUUAAGGCUGGCUGUGUUGUAUUUUUUUUUUUAAUUCACUAAAUAUGUACAUAAACAUUUAAUAAAUAUUUUAAAAUGUAAUGAUUAAGCAUAAUAUGGUGAAUUUAGAAGAGAUUGGCAAAUAUUUACAAAGUAAUUCCAAAAUUUUCCCAAUAUUUUAGCUUAUUUUUAUUUGCUUUUAAAAAUUCUGAGGGUUUACAGAAAACACACGAAAGGUAAGGAGUAUAGGAGACACGGAUUUUAUGGUAUGCUCGCUUUAUAAAAUUAAAAAAUAAAUUAAGAUAUCACUAUAAACAUACCUUGGCAUAAAAAUAUUCACGUAUAUUUGUUAACAGUAUAACAGUAAAUUGAUUACAAAAUAAAUUUUUACUUUUUUUAAAAAUUGAUAUAUUUCAGAUCAAAUAUUCCGCAUGUGAUGGGUUGUGCAAUGUCACAUUCUAAUGGGAAAAGUGAUGUUUGUGAAAAUUGUAUAUGGUAAGCUUUUGUUUGCUCAAUAUUAUCUUAGAGAGUCUGUGAUUAUAUCAAACUACCAUAUUCUAAAUAGUUUUUUCUUUUUUUGUGUCUCAAAGUGUAUUGAAUCAAAAUUUAAAAUGUAUUAUGUUGGUUCAUAGAAAUUGCCGUUUAACAUAAGUUAUAAUUACAGGAUUUGUGAUUUGUAUGAUCAUUUUAUUCCUCUUUAUACCUUUUUCCAUGUGUAUGCCCUCUUGUAAGUUUAUGGUCUUUGAGCAGAUAGCUCUGUAGGUUAUGUGUUUUAUCUAAAUGCACCAGCAUCAUUGUGUCACCUUUGACCAUUUUUGCCCACACACUUGUCAGUGCACAUUGGAUUUCAGAUUUUGUUUAUUUCUUCCUGCUUUCUGUAUUCGCACAGGAAUUUCUGAUGCAAAAUGGCAAGAAUAUCCUUACGGCAGGGAAAACUCUGAAACUUUAUUACAGUACCAUCUGCCUGUAGAAUUGCAGUCCUGAUUGGUUGAUAACAGUCAAACGUACCAUUACAGUAUUAUUUCCAUGAUUUCCUGCACGGUUAUUCACUAAUCUCUGAGUAGGGUCAACUAGUAAUUGACCCUGCUUUAGUGAGAGAAGAGGGUACUAAAUUGAAAGAGAAGGGCAAUAUAUUAAGUAGAAACAAGAACAAAAAAGCACAAAUGGGUGGUGGUAUCUUAAAUUUGCACUUGGAUCUAGGAUUUCUAAUGGUGGUCCUGGUAAGAUUGUAAGCAUAAUAGUCUCCAACAGAUGCAUGUCAUUUCACCACUUUUUCCUAACAAUGGGCACAUCACAUUCUUAUAAAAAAUAGGCUCCAAACAAAAGGGAAGGGGAGAGUAGAGGUGGGCAGCAGUCACCGGGCCAAAUAAUCAGAGUCCUCUGAAGGCCAAGUCUCACUUGUUUCGAAACUUGCCUGUCAGAGACCUCUGACUGAUUAGUUUACUAGCCAACCAGUUAGAGCACUCUUGGUCAUACUGUAAAGCUUGAGUUCCCACUCUGCAGCAAGCCCUUCACGGGUGAAGAUGGACUAUUUUUAUUCCGGUGGGCUUUUAGCUAUCUAACUGGGAUUUUUUUGUGAUCGGGCCUUUUUUAUUUUAAUUAGCGGCGUCUGGAAUUAUGGAUUUUUAUUUGGACUUUUUGGAUACAGAAAACUUACAAAAAAUUGGACUUCUGAUGUUAAGUAUAAUUUCUUUUCUCAGGUUUUAGAUUUUUGACCCCCUCCUUACUAUUAUUAGGGACGGGGAGUAGGUAGGGACUGCUUUAGGAGAUGUAUAUGGGAUUGGUGACCCCUAUCCACUCAUGGGUGGGGGCAGAGGCAUAACUAGAAACCACAGGGUAAAUUGCCCUGGGGACCCCUCCAUACGUCUGUGUGUCAAUGUGGGUGUCGGUCAGAAUUUGCGUCAGAUCAUAAUUUGACCCUAAAAAUUGUUGCAAAUUGUAAAAUUAAUAAAUAUAAUGUCACCUAGAGAAAUGGGGUCCAACAUCAUUAUUGAAGCAGUGACCCAAAAUCUAUAUACUUGCCUGUGCAGCAACCCAUAACUAUAAAAAAAAUCUUGUCUUUAUAGUUCAGCCUCACAGAGAAUAACCUUUUGGAAAAUAUAUGCAUUUCUGAAAUGAACCUCCAUAAUUUAAAUAAGAAAUAUCGCACAUAGGAAAAUGAUUUCAAUGGCAAAAAGGAAAAGGACUAUUUAAUUUAAUCCAUAAUGAGAUACAGGGGAAAUAAACAUUUACGUUCCCUUGGGAAAUCGACCGCAUCUCUUCCCAGGACUCAUUUACCAUGAUCGUAAAAUAUGAUUUGACUCAUUAUCUAGAACAAUUACUUUGAUAUGAUAUGGAUGACUGUCACCUUUAAAGUAAAAAAAAAUGGCAGAGCUGAAGGUUAUUAAAUGAUUUGAUUUAAUGCAUUCUAAGAAUGACCAGCCAGGCAAGACCGUUAAGUGACCUAGAAAUGGGAAACUCAGAGACAUCACUCUGGAAAAUUAAUGCACACCUGAAACAUUGUCUAUAAUGAAAGGUUAACCUAUAUUUAACCAACAUUCUAAAGUUUCUUUUGAAUUGCAGCUAUGAUUUUAAAACGUUGUUGUCUCUUAAAAACUUCGCUCCUUAGAAGAUGUAAACAUGUUCUCCCAACUCCUAACUUUUGCUAAAUUAAAUAUCUCAAUUAUUGUCAACCUGCAGAAUUAUAUCUGCCAGGGCUUAAUUUUGUCCCACUGUAUCUCUGAAGGGCAAAGAUAGAUGGUUCUAAUGACAUUGAGUAGAAUACGGACGUACUUUGCAGUCUGUAGUUUAUGUUGGCACUAUGAUCAUACAUAGGGAUUGGUUUUACAUUCUGGUGGAAUUUUAGGAACCUGCAUUUUCAGAAGUACGAUCAGGUUCCUUAUAAAUAUCUACAAACAAUGCAUUAGAUCAUUUUCAUAGAAUGUGAUGGCAGAUAAAAACUGUUUGGCCCAUCUAGUCUGCCCAAUUUACUAAAUACUUACAUUAUUCCCUGGCCUUAUCUUAUAGUUAGGAUAGCCUUAUGCCUAUCCCACGCAUGCUUAAACUCCUUUACUGUGUUAACCUCUACUACUUCAGCUGGAAGGCUAUUCCAUGCAUCCACUACCCUCUCAGUAAAGUAAUACUCCCUGAUAUUAAUUUUAAACCUAUGCCCCUCUAUUUCAGAACCUAAUUUUGUAAUACUUUCUGUACAAAAAUAUAAUUUUUGCUUCUCUGCUAAUAUUUCAGACCACGAUUGAUAUUAUGACUUGAUAAAGACACACAUUGUGUCGAUUGUUGUAACGUUGCCAGUGUUUUUAAGUGGCUAAAUAAACCCUCAUUUGCACCUGAACUAUAGAGUGCUCCAGUCUAAUUGCUUUAAAAUAUUGCCAGGUCACAGGUACCAUAUAGUGUCUAAAUGUUUUUAUUCCUUCCAUCUUUAUAUAAAAGGCCAAUAAUAAAUAAAUCCAAGUAGUGUACAUUUGCAUGAUUGCAUUUUUUUUAGGCAGGGGCAAGCAACCUGGUGCAAUAGAAUGCACGUUUAAGCCAGUGGUGGAUUUAUAAAAGCAGUGGUCUCUGAUGCUUUGUUUUUUCAGCAACCUGCUAAUCAGGGAAAUGGUGGAAGCUUUAGAAAGGAGUCUCUAAGUCCACCUUCAUCAACUCUUCCUGUUAUCUAACUUUGAUUGGCUCCCAAACACACUGCUGGAAUCCUGUGAACUUCCAGUGAAAGAACCCUUUCAAGGCCUGUGUUACUGCUUGUGAGGAAUCUCAAAGGCCUACCCAAGCACUGCUGCCAGCAUGACACCCAAGGGAAAAAUAGAGCCCUUCCUACAAAAGAGCAUUCUUUUUAAAAUACUUCUGUAGUAACCCACUCUGUUACACACUCACCACCUCACCCCUGAUUCAUUAACAUACAACUACUUACACUGUCAUAAAAUUGCAUAUUUCUAUCAGAUGGUCUCAUAGCUACUAUCCCUGAUAGGAAGGAAUUGGAUUGGCUGAGAUCAUCAAGAUUGAUGAUAUCAUCCAAAGGGGUGGUGCCAGUCAUAGAGAAAGCAGCACUAUGUGGGAUAAAAAUUAAGUGAAACUACCUUGGGUUGGGUGGUGGUCACCUGAAUUGUGACUAAACCACUACAGCAUUAGAGAAACAAAUUUGUAUUCCUAACGCUCUAGUGUUCCUUUAACUCUCAACGUUCAAGGAGAAAUAUUGCAUGAACUAAGCUAUAAUAAAAUCCUAUGGGGGUCAAUGUAAAUCAAGGCAUCAAUAGAAUAUUGUUGGUUAAGCUUUCAAUGAAAACAAAUCAUAUAUAAAAAUGUAUCAAUAUAUAAAAAGAAAAUCUAAAUAUUACAACAUUGUAAGAUUUUUCAUAAUAUUAAAUCAUUUUAAAGUUUAUCCCAAAAUAUGAAAUCAUUUGGAAAACUUAUCCAAAAAAUAUAAAAUCAAGGCAUUAAUUGGCUCUAAACAUUGUGCGUGUAUAUCACUAAAUAAUUUUUGCCUUAUUAUAAUACACAGUACUACACUAUGUUUAUUUUUAUUUUUUGUAUAUUGUAAAUAAUUGAAUCAAAUGUUUUCUGGCACAAAUAGUUACCAAAUUUUUAUGGUACACAUACAUCACCCUUAUUUUGUACUUUUUAAAUUUUAAAUUGAUUUACACAAUUUAUAUAUAUAUAUAUAUAUAUAUAUAUAUAUAUAUAUAUAUAUGUAUGUAGAUAGUGAGAGAGAGAGAUUCCCACUAAUUAAUUUUUAUACUUUCUAUUUAAAACUAUAUCCAAGACAUUCUUUCAAUACAUUUGGUGUUUCAUUAAAACUAAACUUCAGUUUAGUACAAAUAAUAUGUAUUUAAAUAAUAUGUUAUCUUAAAGAUGUUUAAUAAUUAUGUUCUUCUUUCUGCAUGACCGAACUCUUUUUAGCAUUAUAAUUUUCAUCAUUAAACUUAUAUAAAAAAUUUCUGCUUCAUAAAAAUCACUUUGGUAAUGUUCAGAAAAUGCACUAUAAAUCCUCUAUUAAGAGAUUGUUUUAGUGUAGCUACAUUUUACCCUAAUCCAAAUAAUGAUGUCCUCUGACCAGUAGAGAACUUAAUGUUAUUAGAAAACAUAAUGUGCAAUAUAUUGCAUUAAGAAAUGAAGGCAAAGUAUUCAGCUGUAACAUAUGAAACCGAUUAAAUAUAGAACAUUAGAUUAGGACUGUCUGCUAAACUUGAUCUACAGCAGAGUAACGCACUAUUACCUGCAUUAAUUGAUAUACAAUAUGUACAUUUAUGAAAUUGGUACAAAGGUGAAUAAUCUGUAAAUAUUUAAAUUAUACAUUCUUAAAAAAAAAAUAUAUUAAUUUUUGAAAAUUGUGUUUACUGUUCUCUGUCAUGCAAGCUUAGUAAAAAAAUAAAAUAAAAUAAUAUCCACAUAAUUCAAAUUUCAUGGUGUACAUAAUGGGCAUCUUAAAUACAUGACUUGCUAUGACCAGAGGACGGGACACUAAAACACUGAAAAUAUUGUUACAUAUUGUUAAAUAUUGUAAAAAAUAUAUAUAUACUCCAAGUCUCCCCUAGGGGGACCCAGAGUCGUGUUAAAGGGACUCAAACAAUGGGGUUUACCCAGAAUACAAUUGUAAUAGUACCAAAAUCUAAAAAAACUCCUAAUGUUAGAAGUAUUUAAAAAGAGCAAGUCCCAACACAAAAUAAAUAAAAGAAUACUAGUAAAACUUUAUUACGCAUAACUAUACUGUACCUUGUAUAAUCAGUCAAACAAAACAAAAAAAUAGCUAUAACACUCUUAAAAUUGCAGGAAAGACAGAGAAGGGUUAUCCUGAGAAUGUGUCACUCACAUUAGUGCAACAUGAACCUAACGUGGUUAGUAAGAUCCCUAUUAAAUCUAGAUAUUCAGCCUGUUGUAUACCAAUAGGUUAUUAUAGAAAUGCCUGUUUUUUCAAGAAUAAUACUCUGUAAAUAAUCUCCAGUGGAGAGAUAAAGUGCUCAGUUACAUAGGCUGAAAAGAGACAUGUGUCCAUCAAGACUGUUGAUAUUAAAGAACAGUCUCUGAGCACAUGAUACAAAGAAACAAGUCCUGCACUCAAACGCCCAUCACCCCUGGGCGGCAGCAAUGACUACAGUACACAUCAGCUAAAAUACAUAUAGUAAAAACCAAAGGAAAAAAAAAAGUUACCUGCGCUCUUUCCACAUCCCUAUAUAUCUUUAAACAAAUGGAGACCUUUAGUUACCUCCAAUGGCCAUGAGAGGAUAUGCCCACCUGCCACGUCAAGGCAGACCUCUUAGGUGAGUCCUAACUCUAACCAAACCCUGCCUCCUUUGAGCCUCUGAGCACAUGAUACACUGUAUUCUAUUCUUCGGUUUGGCAUUUUAAAUUGUACCUAGUAGGUAACAGAUUAGGGAUAAGGUGACAAAGUAACAAAAAAUAUAACAUAAAAUCUAGGGAAUAAACCUAACACACCUGAUUCUCUGACUCGAUUAUUAGCAGUCACAACAGCUCAUGGAUGGGGGUAAGUAACAGAUGGAAUAAAUCAAUAAAGGAGAACGCUCUAUGUCUAAUAUUUAGCCUGGAGAUAGGGUACGUAGAUCUAAUAUGCAUGGACAAACAGUGGAAUACUAUAUGAAACUCCUCAUAUAACAAACUGCCACAAAUUUCUAAACCAAUCCCCUCCCCACACUAGCCGUUUAGUGGAGUGUAUUCUCAAAAUAUCAUACUCCCAUAACCCAGUCUAUACCUAUAUCCCCAUCACACUGUGCUAAGUGAAAAAUAAAUGAAAAAGCAAAAAUGCCCAACGCGCUUUGCAGUGCUUGCGUGCACCAUUGUCUGUGACUAGAACAGAGUAACUGGUGCCUGCCCCCUCUAAUGACACGUCACAACUCGUUAUAUGCGAUCACAAUCAAAAUGGUUGGGACUGAACUCCUUAUACCCUCCCCACAAAGUGUGGAUUCUUCCAAACACCAACAAAGCUAUGAGGUGUAUAGGAUGAUGUAAUUGGGAGGAGUUUUUCUACUGUGAAACAUUGUCUUAGUGACAAACGCUUACCAGCCGAACAUCAUAAACAUGUACAAAUUAAUGUAUUCUAUUAAAAUCAUAUUCAACGUGAGAUCCAUAGCUUCCCUACCAAUGAUCCUAAGUUAUGGCAACAUGUGAUCUCACCUGUUUGAAUCUAGAGAACCAGACUUCCAUCAUAAAAGUGUGUAUAUUUAUGUAAAUUAAGACAUUAAUCAGUAUUAAUUGCAAAUGCUAGCAUGGAUGAAAAUGUCAAACACUUGUCCCUACAAACAAAAGCAUGUAAGUUAUAUGUAAAAUUCCUGGUAGUUGCCAUAUUACCAAGUCUAAACAUGUGGUAUGAUAAUAGUGCCGAAAAUCAGUCUAUAGGCAUUCUCCCAUAAUUAGCAAAUACCCAUUAAACAAACAAUAUAUAUAUAUUAUAACUGAAUAGAGGGUAUCCCCCAUUAUUUUAACUCAAUUAUGUAUAAUUUAUAACUGGAGGUAUUAAUUUCCUCAUAUAUACACAUACGUUAGAAGAAUAGUUCUGGCAUUGAAAUCACCUGUUAGAUCAUAAAUAAUAAUACAUUGGAAUAACAUUGUGUGCCUAUGGGCUCCCUGGCAUUUGGACAAAGUUAUAAAAGAGGGAUGACUGAAUAAGCAUUACAUUAUUGAUCUACAUUGUUCUGUAAGGGACAACCAGAAUAGGUAGUUAUCAAUAUGAUUAAAUAGUAUGUAAUGUAAAUUUAUCCAGAAUAAUCCAAACACAAUAUGCAAGUAAGAGAGCAGCAUUCACUAUGUAUUACAUCAGUCAUGUAAGGAAUAUUUCAUGUUAAAAUGGGGAGCGAGGAAACAUCCCACUUAAAUCAGUAAAGUUCCAAUAUUAUAGGCUUAUAGAAAAAGAUAGUGAACAAUUCCAGAAAUGAAUAGCUUGUAGAGUAGAACAUGAAUAUAAUAGCAACUUCUGGACGCAAAUAGAACAGGCAUACAAAGCUCCAAAAAUACAUAAAUGGAAGAGAGAAUUCUAUCAAAUUAAAAAUUAAACGGUUAGUUAAUUUUAUUACAGUAGAUAUCCUUAAAGUAUACAUCACCCAUUGCAAUAAUGUCAAAAGGACCCCAAACGUUAUAAAGAGGAAAACUGACAAAAUCCAUAAUCAUGUCCCAAAACAGCUAUGUGCAAUAUAUACAAAGUCAUAAUCAAUGGACAAAGGAAAACUAAUGCUUAUAAUUACUUUUUAUGAGGUUACUGAAUGGACAUGGUCCAUGAUACGUUUCUUGAAGGAUCUAAAUGUCUUCCCUACAUACUUUAUCCCCCAGAAACAAGUUAGAAGGCAGAUGAUUCUGACGGUUCUAUAUCUGAAGAAAUGUUUGACUUUAAAGCGGUAGUUCCCCCCACUGUCUAUGAGGGUUUUAGAGUCAUUCAGAAUAAACUUACAGGCUACACUUUUCCCACAUUGGUGUGUGCCUGUAAGUGAGAGUCAGGUUCUCAAUUUUAUCUCAUUAGUCAGAUUACUAAGGACCAAUAUGUUCUUGAAAUUCUUACUACACCUGCGAUACACCUGUAAAAAGUCAGUUGUGCCCUCUCAAAGGAAACCGUAGGGGAGCCCCUCUCCACUCCCAUGAGAACUCCGCUGUCAAAGUCACUUACUAGUUUCAUCAAGACGUCUCUAGGUGCGUCAUGUUGGGGUGCUGUAGUAGCUCUGGCAAGACUGAAGCAGGAGUCGACUGUCAGUUGCUUGGCUUGUUUAGAUGUCAGUAACUUGGCAAUUAGCCUCCGGCAAUAGUGAGUGAGCUCUGCUCCUGAGAUUGCCUCUGGUACUCCACAGAUUCUCACAUUUUGAGCCCUUGCCCUAUCGUCCAUGUUGGCUAGUUGUUCCUGUUGGUUAGCACACUGUUUUUGCAGUGCUCCCAGUGCGGCGUCUGUAGCCAUUUGCGCUAGCUUGGUGCCCCCUAUACUUUCGUCCACCGCUCCCAUGCGAUUGGUUAACGUGGAAAUCUCAUCACGGACUGGGUCCAUGUCAGCAUUGAACGUGGCUUUUAUCUCCAGCAUUAAUGCCUUAAUAUCAGCUUUUGUAGAUGGGGCUGAGUCUCCAAGCCAAUGAUAUCUUAGCUUCCGAGCGCAACCGUGCUGGGGCUGGGGGAGUUAGCAAAUAUGCUAUCCUCAUCCGAUGAAGGAGAGUUAUAGGCCUCACUAGGCGCCAUCUUGGAUGUAUCCGGCCCCAUGUGUUUGGGCACUCGGCUGCGUCUUUCAGCACUCACUUGGGGUAUCAGAUAGGGUGGAAAAGUCCGGUAGAUCACUGUGCUCAUGCAGAGCUGCUUCGAAAUGCGACUUUCUUCCUCAGGCGCUGGCUCCGCCCCAUAUUAAAGUUUGAGGUGAAAUUCCUCGUAAGUCUUAAAUAUUGACCCACAGAGAUACCCUUUUUGAGGGAGGAAGGGUGGUAACUCUCCCAUCUCACCAUAUUAUUAGUAGCUGAACGUUUUCUGAAGAGGGAGGUUUGUAUCCUCCCUCUUGAGUCACAAAUGCGAAUUGUAUAGUGAAGAAAGUUCAAGGAGGGAUUUCCAAUUUCCAUCAUAAAUCUCAAGUUGAAAUUGUUGAUGUUCAAAUGAUCAACACAUUUGCAAAAUAACUCCUUUGUGCCACCCCAUAUUAUGAAUACAUCUUGAUGUACUUGAAGAAACCCCUACCUGUCCCUCCUAACUCAUGCCUCCCAACUUUGAAACUAGUUAAGAAAAUUGACUCCUGCUGGUUGUUUGUUUGUGGUUUGGGAAUUUAUGUUUCUUUGUGUGUUGACCCAUGAUUGCAAGUUGACCCAUGAUUGCAAGUGUUGAUGUCUCAACACACUGCCAUUGAACAUAGUUUUAGUCUUGUUUAAUCUCAGAUAGAGCAGAGCCUGUGAGUAAGACAUAUAUCUCCUACAGUGCCUGUUCCAAACCCCAUCUAUCUUUAAAGAAUAGUCAAUUUGUAGACUCUUACCCAAACUGGAAAGUUAAUCUGAAAUUAUGCAAUGUCCCAGACAAUAUAGUGGAAAGACUAGCUUAUGUUUAGGUGUGGGAAGUGGACCUAAUGACCUAGGAGACAGGUUGGAAUAGGAUAUUACAAAAGUAAGAAGGGAACCUUACAUCUGAGGAAGAAGGGUGGAAAAAAGACUUUAUUUUAUAUAAAUAAUCAUCAUUCACUGGGCCGGCCUUAGGACCUUAGACGCCCUGUGCGAAAAAUCUUCGCAGUGUCCCUCCCUCCCCCCCCGUCAUUCUUUUUAUAGUGUAUUAAAUACAUAAUGAUUUAAAAACAAAUAUUAAUUCCUCUUUUCCUGUUGUUACCUAGUUGGGAGAAGGGCAUGCUGAUCUGAAUCUGGUCUGCUCAUCCACUAGGUGCACACCAUGCAUAACUGUCUCGCAAGCUCAGGGACUUGCAGUGUCCUCUGGUAAUCUGCGGCAGUGCUCUGAUUGGCCGGAGCUAGGAAGACAGCUACUUAUGGUCUGCAGCCAACAGAAGUGCAUGCCAGAUGUGUCAGACUGCAGAGUCACAUGCACACAGUCCCACAGUCAGAUGCACACAGUUAUACAUAUACACUGUCAAAUACACAGGAUCAGGCAGAAACACGCAGGUACAGGCAGUUACACACAUAAACCGUUACAGGCAGACAGUAACACACAGUUACAUACAGUCACACACACAAUUAUAGGCAGUCACACGCACACACAAUUAAAAUCAGACAGUAACACACACAGUUACAGGCAGACAAUGACAAACACACACAGGUACAGACAGACAGUCACAUACAGCCACAUAUAGUUUCUCUCUCUCUCACACACACACACACACACACACACACAGUUACAUGCAGUCACAUACACAGAGGCAGACAGUCACACACACACACACAGACAGCUUUACACACAAACCAUCACAAACACAGAGGCAGACAGUCACACAGGCAGAUAGUCAAACACACACACACAGACAGCUUCACACACACACAGAAGCAGACAGUCACACAGGCAGAUAGUCAAACACACACACGCAGAGGCAGACAGCCACACAAACAUAGGUACUCACACACACGCAGACAGUCACACACACACACACGCAGACAGUCACACACACAUGCAGACAGUCACACACACAGGUUCUCACACACACAGAGGCAGACAGUCACACACAGGUACUCACACACACAUAGGCAGACAGUUGCACAUACUCACACACACUCACAGAUAGUCAGUAGAUUUCUUAUAUGUUCCUAUUGAUAACUACCAUGUGACUUUUCUGUCAUCCACCUAAAGUGAUUUGAAACAAAACAGGCACAAUCCAAUAAUAAUAAUAGUAUCUGAAACCAGUUAUAAUUAGCAGAGAGUAUAUACUGGCUAAUAGCAUUAAGGAAACAGAGUUGUGUGUUGUAUGCCAUUGAAUUGUAUUACAUAUGAAAAAUAUAUGUAUAUGUAACUCUUAUGUAAUAAGGGAGAUACAUUAAAGUUCCAUACUUUAUCAGACAAAGUAUCCCAAUAAUCCCUAAUUACCUCUGUCCUUUAUGGUCUGGGAGGAGUGAAGGCAGUGAAGCUCUGGUUGUUGGGGAAGCAAGGUCUCCUUCCUGCUUCCCAUGCAGCCGUCAUUUAAGCUCCGCCCCACCAUCAUUUAAGCUCCGCCCCAUCACAAUGCUGGGAGGUUUUUUUCUAAUCCCGGGUGGAGAAUAAUGAAAUCCUCCACCCGGGUAGCCGGCCAUGUGUGAGCUGUGUCAGCCACAUCGCACCCCCUGCUCCACGGCGCCCUGUGCGGCUGCACAGCUCGCACACCCCUAAGGCCAGCCCUGAAUAUCAUUAUAACAGAGUGAUGAAGCUUUAGAAGGGAACCUUGUGUCUGGGAGGAAGAGUGGGAAAGUAAUAUGACUGCGUGGAAAGAACGGUAAACAAGGCAGGAUUUCCCUUUAGACAGAGUAGGCAUUUGCCUACAGGCACCUGUCCUGUAGGGGUGCCUUUUUACAGUAGUUAUAAUGUUACUUUUUGGAGCUUAGGUGGGUUGGUGACAGGAGAUAAGUGCCAAGAUCCUUGGCCAGUGUCCCCUGUAGUCUAGUCAGCCUCAUCUGCUUGAUAAAAGAGAUGCAGUAACAGUUGAAGAUGGGUUAGAACAAAGUACUGUCCCAGUUCUUCCAGUAUCUGUGUGUGUCUCGAAAGGAAGAGUAAGGGAUCAUUUCCUAUUUAACAAUAACAGCCUCUCACAUGGGAUAUGCCUUGCAGACGGAGUAUGGAAAGCAUUGAGUUAUUCACACUGUAGAACAGCUCCUGCAAUUCUACUAUCAAUCAUAGCAGGGUGAGUAUUUUGCAAACUCUACAUACAUAAACAAACUAUUUCCUUAGUCCCAAUCCUUUUAACACCCUAUGUAAUCCAAGUCUAACAUUAACCCUUCUAUACUCUUAAACAACCUCCAUUACCAAUCGUAUGUCUAUUAUGAUCAUGAAUGAAUGUGGGAGAAAGCAAUGAUCUUAAAGGGACACUAUAGGCACCCAGACCACUCCAACCCAUUGAGGUAGUCAUGGUUCAGUGUCCCUAUUGCCCUUAGUCUUAUAAUAUAAAACAUUGCAGUUUUAGAGAUUUUUACAUUGCAAGACUGAGACAGCAUUUAGUGGCUAUCUACCAGAUAGACACCAUAGGUGCUUCCGGGAUCUUACCAGAACUUUAGGUCCCCUAACUGCAUGAAGACUUCCAGUGUCAGCUAAAUCCAUACAGGAAAACAUUGAAGCAAUGCUUUCCUAUGGUGACGGCCUAAUGUGCUUGCAACACACGCUGCGCAUGCAAAUUAGCCCCCCCGUCGGAUGAAGUUGGAGGAAGUGGAGUUCCAACCCAGCACCAAGGGACAUAGGCAUUGGAAUUGGGUAAGUGACUACAAGGUUUUUACUACUUAGUAAAAUAACAAAAUGUAUCUAAAUAAAUCAAUAAAUAAUGUAUGCUUGCAAUCAGGCCCACAAAGUGCCUAUAGUAGGUACGUGCUUACGGAUGGCUGCCUUACCUGCCCAUCGGCUAAUCGAGCUCUGAAAGUGUCUCUGUUUAAAAUAAACCACAGCGUUGGAUAGCUUUUAAAUUUAUAUAUGACAGAUAAAAGCAGCAUGAUUAAUUUAUUUCCUGUAGCUAACAGAAGUAGCUCCAACUCUUUAUUAUGCAGAAUAUGGCUGCAAAUUACAAUAUUAGCUUGCAAUGCCUCACAGACUCCUAAAAAAGGUUUCAUUUUAUUGAAAUUGCAUUAUAAUGCAAUUAUAUCUGAACAAAUCUUACAACAUGAUAACUGCCCAUUGACACACAUUAAUGUCUGGUAAUUAUCAUAUACUAGCUUACUGUCCAAUGCAAGUGGCCUUAAUACGCACUGCAAGCAUGAAUAAGGGAGACUGAUAACUCCAAUUGCAAAGCCCUGCUUGUAAAAUGCAAUGAUAGACCUACAGAAUAUUUGACUCUUUCACUUGAAACUUGGUGAAAAGUAAAAUAUUCAAAUUGAAGCACAGUAGUAUAUUAAUACAUUGACAACCUCGGCAAUGUUAUCAGUGCACUGGAUGAGUUUGGGCACUAUAAUACAUUGCAUGCAGCAGAGUCUGGAACUUUUUAGUCUGGAGAGGAAGUGCACUCAAUGGAGAUAUUUUGCACACACAGCGCAAAAUUCACUAAAUAGUGAAAAACCUACGCAGGUGGUAGUAUCUUCAUCUAGACUUGCCUCAGUCAAGUCUUAGUGCUGCUAUUGUGUAAAUAUUUAUUGGAACGAAGUCUCAGCAUUAAUGCACAAAGGCACACACACUUACAGAAUGGGACUGCAAAGGGUUGAAAUCAGAUAAUCCAUCCUCUGUGCCUGCGAGAUAAUUGGAUCAGGAACUGUACUAAUCCAGGAGGCUGGUGUUCUCCCAAACACGUUCAGUGAUCACUGUUUAGUGUACUGCGUGCGCAAAAUAAAGGCUAUUAAAUCCUCUCCCAAGGUUAAAAUAACUAGGUCCUUCAAAAGAUUUAAUCUUGAAUCCUUUUUUUUUUUAAAUUCUUUAUUUUGGUAGUGCAUACAUGAACAAUACGCUUGCAUAGCCACGACAGCUAUAGCAAGCUGCAAUCAAUAGAAUAGUAUAACAAUAGCAUGGCAUGUGAGUAUCGGCACAAUUUUUUUAAAAAGGUUAUAUAAAAGAUUCAACAGAAUGCAGCCACUGAAAAUAGGAUAGAGAAAGAGCAAUUUCAAUCCUGGUCGUAUGGUUAGUGUCGGCGUAUAUGCUUAUGGACUGGAGUAUGCCUACAGUGGAAGGCAAGGUGCAUGCUUAUGUGCCUCUUGAGUCAAAAGUGAAAUGGGACCCUGCGUUCUGAGGGAGUAUAUUAAUACGCCCGUGUUGUGGAUCAGUUAGAAAUUCCAGUUAUAGGCCGUGUGUAAGGUCGUAAGGCCUUGUGGACAGAGAGGGCUGUGCACGGCCUAGAUUGUCGUGUGAGUGAGAGGAUAAAAGAGGAUAUUGACGUGCAACCUGGUAGUGUAUUUGUGCAGCUCCUAAUUAGUGAUCUCGUGGUAGAGUAAAUGUGUUGGAGCUGGGGGGGUUUUGGUAUUAAAGGGAGCCAAUUAGUCCGGGUUCUGCCCGGUUCGGCGGCAAAUAAAAGCCGUAUAGCAAUCCUGCUAUGUGUGUGUAGGGGUUUCUGGGUUACCCCUCAAUAGGGCCUAUGCCCUGGGAGUAAACUUGUACGUUUACAGCGGUGUGUAUAAGAGGGAGAACAUUAAAACAAAACAAAAAGCAAAACAAGAGUAACUUAAAAGUCCCGGUUCAGGUAGUCUGCUCUCCGAGCGCUCUCCUGGAUGCUGGAACAAAUGGGACAACUUUAGUCGGAUCCCAGGUUGUAGCGGUUGAAGAUGGCCGUAGUCCCAUGUCGGUCAAGACAGUGUCCAUUUCUGCGACGUCCGUCGCUUUAUAUUCCUUGCCUUGGUGUUGGAUGAGGAGUAUGUGUGAUGGUCCCCAGCGAUACUUCACUCCCUUAGCCGUCAAUGCCGCUGUAAGUGGUCGGAGAGAUUUCCGCCAUUGCAGUGUUGUGCGUGAGAGGUCGGAAUAGAACGUUAAGUCCAUGUCCUCAAAGCGGUAUGGAUUUUGUCCCCUGAUGGAGCCCAUUAAGGCAGUUUUAUCUUGCCCAUUUUGAAAUUUGACCAGAAGGUCACUUGUCGCUGAGUUUGCAAGUUGUGUCGGCUUGGGUAAGCGGAACAUGCCAUCUAGCUGCACCCCUUUAGCUUGUUUGGGGGACAGGAGGGCUGUGAAAAGCCUUCUGAGUAGGUGGGGAAGUUCGGCUGGGGCAAUUGCGUCUGAGAGGCCUCUGAUUUUAAUAUGCUUCCACCUCCUUUUGUCUUCCAUUGCUGCUAGUUGGUGGGUGAGUGUGAUGUGGGCUGAGGAGAGGUCUUUGACCUGAUUCUGCAGCUCUGUUAUUUGUGCUGUUUGUGCCUGGGUGGAUUGCUCCACUGCUGAGAGGCGAUCAGUGAACCCCUUUACAUCCUCCCUUACCUGGGAGAUCUCUGCAGAGAGCGACUGGCGUAGGUCAGUCAGGAGAGAGGUAAGAAUCUCCGUAGUGAUUGGGGAGCCCAUCGGUUGUUGUUUGAGUUUAGGAGGUCCCUUGUACCCCAGUGUCUCAGGGCAGUGGAGGGAUGUUUCGUCCGAGCUUUCUGAGAAAUCCUCAUAUUCGGCCGCCAUGUUGGGCGCCGCCGCGCCAUGCGGCCUCCUCAGUAAAUCGCCGAUAUCGGCCGUAAAUCGCGGGCGAUCGGGCCGCGGCUUUUUGGUCUUUCUCCCCAUAUCAGGGGGAGUAGUCGCAGGCCGUCUGUUACCAGAAGGGAGAGCUUUUGGGGUCUUUUUCGUCCGGUUUUGGGCUGCGGUCGGCAGAGAGCAGGAGAAGUGCGACCGUUCAUGCCGAGAGCUGGCUCCGCCCCCCAUCUUGAAUCCUUUUUAAAUGACAUCAAGAAUCUCCCAUGGCACAGAUUAAACAUUAUCCCAGAUCUAGACUGUGCUGUUGAAUACUUUCAGUCUGAACUCCUACAAAUUUGGAAUUUGCAUGCCCCGCUGCGUAAGGUGAGGGUAAAAGGAGCGCAUAUGAACUGGAUCACAGCUGACCUCAUCCAAAUGUACCAGUUUCGGGAUUCUUUGUGGUCAAAAUUUAAGCGUACUGGCUCUAUGAAUGAUCACGGUGCAUAUAGACAAUGGCGAAAUAUAUGCACAAAACAGACAAAACUGGCCAAGGCCCAAUAUUUCUAUGAAAAUCUGAACAGUAACAUCUCAAACCCUAGAAACUUUUGGAAAGUCAUAAAUAAACUACAAACUCCCCCAAUCCACUCCCAACCCUCCACUGUCAAAGUGGGUAACCAAACCCUGCAACUUCCCUUAGAUGUAGCAAAUGCCUUUAACAAUUAUUUUGUCGGAUGCUCUACUGCCCUGAUUGCCAAGCUAAUAAAUGACACGCAUCCUGAAACUACAAAUGUGGAUCAGGCCCCACUAAAUUUGCAAAGGCCCAAUAUAGAUAAGUUUAAUUUUAGACCUGUACCUGUUAGUGUCAUUAAAAAACAUCUUAAUAAUCUAAAAAUGAAAAACCAGUCCGGACCUGAUCAAAUCCCAGCAAUGCUGUUGAAGCUCAGUGCGCCGGCAAUUGCUAAACCCGUCUCAACUCUAAUUAACGAAUCAUUGGUGUCUGGAUACAUACCCAAACUUUGGAAGACUGCGAGAGUAGUGCCUAUCCAUAAAAGUGGUGACACUACUUUGGUUUCUAACUAUCGCCCAAUAUCAUUGCUCCCGGUAUUGUCAAAAAUCUUAGAAAAAUGUGUCCAUACGCAACUUUGUGAGUACUACCAACAAUUAAACUAUCUGACCCCUGAUCAAUCGGGCUUUCGCCAGAAUCACUCCACUACAACUGCCCUCCUAAAAGUUUGCAAUGACAUCCAAACUGGCAUGGAACAAGGAGCCCUAACUGGAGCUAUUUUCCUUGAUUUUGCUAAGGCCUUUGACACAGUAGACCACGACAUUCUACUGCACAAACUCGAAAACUCAGGUAUUGGUGAUCAUUCUUUAAACUGGUUUCGAUCGUAUGUAUCGGAUCGCUCGCAAUAUGUGUCCAUUUCUGACAGUGACUCCCUCCCUCUCCCGGUCACGUGUGGUGUUCCCCAGGGUUCCAUUCUCGGCCCCCUACUAUUUACAUUAUUUAUAAAUGAUCUGCCUAAUGUCUGCCAAUCCUCAAAUGUACACAUGUACGCAGAUGACACGGUAAUCUAUGCGAGCAAAUCCAAUCUACCUCAACUUGAGGCUUUGCUCCAAGACCAGUUUACAGAGGUAGAAAAGUGGAUUGCAAAAAACAAACUCUUCCUGAACACUGACAAAACUGUCACAAUGAUCUUUGGAACGGUACCUAAAUUAAACAAAUUACACAAUCCCCACCUAUCCAUCAAAACAAAUUCAAAUGGCACACUGACCGCGGUCCACUCUUUCAAAUACUUGGGUAUGAUAUUAGACCCCAAUCUAUCUUUUAGCCUGCACAUAGAAAAGCUUGCAUCUAAACUUUAUCCAAAAUUAGGUGCCCUGUACAGAAACAAAGCCUGCCUAAGCCCUACAGUAAAGGAAAAGAUUGUACAGCAAAUGCUGAUGCCAAUCAUUGAUUAUGGGGAUGUAGUAUAUGCGUCUGCAUCGCAAUCCCACAUUAAUAAACUCAACACAUUGUAUAACUCGUUCUGCAGAUUUGUGCUACAAUGUAAUUACAGGACCCAUCAUUGUGACAUGCUAAAGGAACUAAACUGGCUGUCGCUGGAAUCCAGACGCACCCUUCAUCUUUCCAGCCUUGUUUUUAAGAGCUUUUCUGGGAAACUCACACCCUACCUGAACAAAAUGCUUUCCCCAGCUGUUCCCACUUUCUAUAACCUCCGAUCCAGUACAAGCACUUUACUUAGUCUACCUCAAUACAAAAAGAAAGCGGCCCGAUCCUCCUUCUCCUACAGAGCGCCGCAAUUGUGGAACGACCUCCCGCACAAUUUAAAAUCUUCCCUAAGCCUAAAGUCAUUUAAGAGAUCCCUCUCUACAUACCUCAAAACAGAAUGCACGUGUCAUGGUUGAUUAUAUAUUUCCUGCCUGUUCUAUGUUAAAUUUUGUAUAUAUUGUGUAUUAAUAUUGUUUUUGUAUUUUGUUGUACCUAAUGUAACAAUGCAAUGAUUUGUGGACCCAGGACAUACUUGAAAACGAGAGAAAUCUCAAUGUAUCUUUCCUGGUAAAAUAUUUUAUAAAUAAAUAAAUAAAUAAAUUUUUACAAACCCCCCAAAAUACCUUAAAACACACAAAACCCUCACAAGCCCCCACAUAUCCAAAAAUCACCCAGAUCAGUUCAGGGUUUCAGGAAUUUCCUGGAAGUCUUAUUUUUGACUGGCCAUGCACAUGGUCCUAUGCCCAAAACAGUUCCAGGGAAUCAGGGCUAACGGUCGGUCUCUCUGUCUGAAGUACAAAAGUACAUAACUCACAUGAACAGAGCCUUUUCAGGUUCAUUGGGCAAGGUAUGUUGCAGGGCCCAUAGUCCUGAGGCAAGAGGCUGGCCAGCAGGUCCCUCCAAAAACACGUGACGAGGUUCAGUUCGUCACAAUAUAUAUUAUCUGUCCCCAAGAGGACCACAUUUACUUCUGGAACCACCAUCAGCACAAGAAGCCGUUUGGAGUUGUCAAAAUAGGUUCCCAUGGCUCAACACCAAUGGCGGAUCCAGGUGGGGGGGGGGGUAACGGGGCAAUUGCCCCUCCCGAGAGCUGAUUCUCUCUCCUGCAGGGCUGGUGCUAGCCAAGAGAUCUCCCUUCCCUGUCCGUAGACACAGUGCUGGGCAGCCGGCAAAGGAGGGAGAGGAAACCCGGGAACUCUAGUCUGCAGCUACACCAGGUCUCCUCUCACGAGCAUGGAGCAUUGCCUCGGUUACCAUGGCAAUGCUCCAUUCUCACGAGAGUAAACUCUAGCCCCCACAUAUACACACUGCACCCCCAUACAUAAUCUAUCACACACUGCCCCCACUGCACCCCCAUACAUAAUCUAUCACACACUGCCCCCACUGCACCCCCAUACAUACACUGCACCCCACAUACACACUGCACACUCCCACACUUCUCCCCCAUACAAACACUGCACCCGCAUACACACACUUCCCCAACUGCACUCGCAUACACAUACUGCCCCCACUACACCCUCAUACACACACUGGCCCCAUACACACAGUGCUCCCACUGCACCCCACAUAUACACACUGCACUCCCAUGCACACACUACACCCCUCACACAAACAUACACUGCCCCUCCUACACACAGUGCUCCCACUGCACCCCCAUACACACACUGUCCCACAUACACACACUGCACACCUCGCACAUGCACUGCCUCCCGUACACACACACACACACUCUCACACAAACAUUGAUAGAGGCCCUAUCCCCUACUACAGCCCCUAUCCUGGCAGACCCCAGGUAAAUUGUCAAACUAAUAAACAGUUUGACUAUUUACUCUGGGAGGGCGCAACAGCACUCCUGGCACCAUUACCACUACAGAGAGCUGUAGUGGUUAUUGUGCCUGGAUUGUUUCUUUAAAUAAUCUGAGUGCCCCUCUCGAGAUAAGGCUCUGGAUCCACCAGUGCUAAACACCAGCACACAAGGCCAAUAUCACUAUAAACCAAACAUGCAGUGGUAAAAAGCUCACUAACAUUGGACUUUAGUGCAAUGGAAACAUGUACUCUCCAAUAAUAAGUUACACUUCAUCUUCUGGCAGCUGAGCAUCUUCUUGUCUUGGCAGACGACAGCAGAACACACAUUGCCUCACUGUGUGGUUCCAACUGUAAAGGAAUAAUGGGCCUUGAGCUGUAUUUCAUAGUUUUCACGUUAGUUUAGGAAAUACAUUUUAUAUAAAUACAAAUACCAUGACAAGUAAGGACUCCAAACAGCAUAGUGUAAUGCAAUUGAGUUAUUGAUAUUAUGAUUUUAUCAAUGUCAUGAUAGAUAUAUUAUUUGCAUAAUAGAUUUCUAGAACUUUUAAUAGCUUGGAGUAAAUAUCCUAUAAAUGCAUAUUGUUUAUAGUGUUUUCAUAAAUCACAGCAUCAUAGGUAAACAGAUAUGUAUUCAUAUUACUUAUAACAUUGUUUGAUUACUUGCUUCUAUAUUUUACUUGCAUGUGUGUGUCUUACCUUUUUAUUACUGAAAUACUAACUUGGCAUUAAACAUGUACAGUAUCCUAUAUUGGAUGUCUUACUAGAAUGUUUGGUCUCUUCCAGCUGUUCUUUUUAUCCAACCAAUUUACACCAUAUGGGCUUGCUUCCGGUCAUGCCCAUCAAGUUGUGUCUGCACAAAUGAGAGGAACUGCUCUGUUUUAUGUGAUCGAUUGGGACUCCCAGAAAUCCCGAGUGAAUUUCCCUGUGAAGCUUCCUUUAUUACCCUAGAUAAAAACAACAUCAAGUUCCUCUCAGAGAAGGCUUUUGGCACUCUGCCUUCAUUAAAAUGUCUGUCACUGACUCACAACAACAUAUCCUUCAUCACCCCAGGGGCUUUCAAAGGGCUACCCAACCUGACUGAGUUGAAAAUGGCUCACAAUGACUACAUUCGUUAUUUGCACACUCGGACAUUCUCAGCGCUAAAGAAACUUGUAAAGCUGGAUUUGGCUGAUUGUAACCUUUUUAACAUCCCCGACAGAAUAUUUAUAGAACUUCCCUUUCUGAAUGAACUAAUCUUCUUUCAAAAUAACUUUAGAAGGAUACCUGGAGCCAUCAGGGGUAUGAGGAAUUUGACUCAUGUUUACCUGGAGAGUAACAAAAUUGAAGCUGUGGCUUAUAAUUCACUUCAAGAUCUCACAAACUUGAAAUAUCUCAACCUUCAAGACAAUAAAAUAAAUGUAAUUCAUGAUAUGUCUUUCCAAGACUGCAAGAGAAUGGAGUUCCUUUUUCUUAAUGACAAUUUAUUAAAUGAAUUACCAGAAAACUCAUUUAAAGGGCUGAGAAAAUUAAAGCUAUUAAACAUGGGUGGGAAUUUUAUAACAAAUGUCUCCAAUGUAUGGUUUCAAGAUUUAUUUGAGUUAGAAGUCCUCUAUCUUGACCGAAACAAAAUAAGUUACAUCGAAGAGGGGGCGUUUGAAAAUCUUACAAGCUUGGUAGCCUUGCACUUAAAUAGUAAUAACUUAGCUACUUUACCCUUUGAUGUUUUUAGGCCUGUAUAUUUUAUAGGAAGACUUUUUCUCUUUAAAAACCCUUGGGAAUGUGAUUGUAGGAUUGAAUGGUUAAAAGACUGGAUGGACAACUACAAGCUUGUCCGUGAUAUUCCCUGCUCUUCACCAACAUCUGUGACAGGUGUUGACCUCAGCAGUGUCAUCUUCACAAAGUCACCCGAUGGUAUGUGCUUGGAUGCAGCAGAACAAAAUUUGUCAUAUUUUAUUUCCUUUCCCACAGAGAGAGUGCCAUCUACCAUGGAAUCAAAGCUGAGCAGCCUUAUCUCCAAAUUACUUAGACCUUUAGGCAAUUAUGAAGAUCGAGGAAACCUAACAGAGAGUUUUGACAAUAGUACCUUUUCUGAAACUAAUGACACUGGGCUCUCUUUGAAUACAGUACAUUAUAAUAAAGGAAUGAUGUGUUUUGCCAGUCUUGUGAUAUUUUAUAUGUUCUAGGUUACUGUAACUUUUUAGAUUUUCUUUUAUUCCCUUUGAUAUAUUAUGAAAUCCCUGCCACCUGCUUAAACAAAAAUAAUUAUUUUAUGAUAAAAUAUGUGCUGAGGGCUUAAUUGGCUACUUCUAUACAAAUAUUUAUUUCAAGUUAUAUGCAUUUACAGCUUGUAGAAGCUAUGUAUUAAACUGUUUAAUAGCACAUUAUUUUUUUUAUUAAUGCUCUACUAAAGUAGCUAGUUUUACACCCACUUAAUAGAGGGAAAAUAUAGAGCUAAAACUUGCAAUAGUAGGUAAUACUGUUCCUGUGGUUUAAUAACUCUAAAAGUGCUGGUGAAAUCUAAAAUAUAUUCUUGUGGGUACUUUUAGCUGUCAAUCUACAAUAUAUAGUACCUUUGAUAAUUUAUUUGGAGCAUUGACUGAUAUGAAGAAGAUUGAGAAUUAAGGGAAAAGUUCCAGAAAGGAACACUUUUU